GAAAAUUAAGCAGUGACAAAGCAGAGUUUCCUUUGUGAAGAAUGGAUUUCUCAGAGGCCUAUUCUGAUAGAUGUUCUGCUGUGGGACUUGCAGCUAGAGAAGGAAAUGUGAAAAUGCUCAGGAAACUAAUUAAAGAGGGAUACAGCAUUGAUGUCCCGGAUAACAGGGGAUGGAUGCCAAUCCAUGAAGCAGCAGUCCGCAAUUCAGGAGAAUGUCUGAGGCUACUAAUUCAGGCUGCUCCAUCUGAGAAGUACCUACAAGCAGAGACGUUUGAAGGGAUGUGUGCGCUGCAUCUCUCCGCCAGCCACGGGUGUGCAGAAAGCGUCAGCACUCUUCUGGGAGCUGGAGCUGAUCCUAAUAAGGUCACUACUGAAGCCACCACCCCGCUGUUUCUAGCUGUUGAAAAUGGACAUACAGACAUUGUAAAGCUUCUGCUUCAACAUGGAGCAAAUGUUAAUGGACAUCACUCUUGGUCUGGAUGGAAUUCUUUGCAUGAAGCUUCUUUUCAGAGACAUACUGAGAUAAUAAAAAUUCUCCUGGAGAAAGGCGCAAACAAGGAAUGUGAGGAUGACUUUGGAAUUACCCCUUUGUUUGUUGCUGCUCAGUAUGGGAGGCUGGAGAGUUUAAGAAUGCUUGUGUCCUAUGGUGCAAACAUCAACUGUCAGGCCAAGGACAAAGCCACUCCCCUGCUGAUCGCGGCGCAGGAGGGUCACACCAAGUGCGUGGAGCUGUUGCUCUCUGAAGGGGCCGACCCAAACCUCUACUGUAAUGAGGAGGAAUGGCAGUUACCUAUUCACGCAGCAGCUGAAAUGGGCCAUAAGAAUAUCCUGGAGUUGCUCAUACCACUUACUGAUCGGAUCUGUGAUCAAGGAAAAGACAAAGUGAGCCCUGUGUACUCAGCGAUUUAUGGUGGUAAUGAGGAGUGCCUGGAGAUGUUACUUAAGCAAGGCUACAGUGCAGAUGCUCAAAAGUGCCUCACCUUUGCCUGCAGAUCGCCCAUGUGCAUGGUUUUCCAAAAAAAGUUUUUUGAUUUAAUUGAUAUUCUCCUCAAAUAUGGGAUCACCCUCCUUGGGAUUAACUUGGGAUAUUGCCUGUUGCAUGGGAAGUUUACUUUGUUCCGACGCUUCUUGACGUUGGGGUGUGAGCUACCUUCUGAGGAGCAGCUGCCAGAGUUCAUAAGCUAUGCAGUGAAAGCACACGAGCAGUAUAGGGAAUGGCUGCCUCAUCUCCUCUUGGCUGGCUUUAAUCCAUUGGAUUUACUCUGCAAGUUGUGGAUUUAUUCUGUCAAUGGGGAUGCCCUUAACUUUGUCCUGGAGUUCACCAACUGGAAGAGACUUCCUCCAGCUGUAGAACGAAACCUUUCAGACUACAAGGAGGGUUCCACUUGGAUUCUCAGUAGUCAUUUUGCCAUCGUUCCUCCCUUGUCUCAUCUUUGUCGUCUUGAGAUCUGGUCCAUUUUGAAGAGCGAGCGUCUGCGACCGGAGAGCUUUAUCCGUGGAUUGCCACUACCAGCCUGUCUCCAGGACUACCUCCUCUACUUGGAUAUACUGAAGGCCAAUGCAGUUCCCACAGUGGUGGAGUCCCUGCGGGAUGGCAGCGAGGGAAUUGCUCCUGCCGGUCACUGCAGCUCCGAAGGGACAAGGGGAGUGUGUGGUGCUGCUCUCAG